AUGCCAAAGUUUAGAAGGGACCAAAUACCCUUCAUGCCCUCGUGCUUCAUCAACUUCGUAUGGGCGUUCUCAUCGUUCCUGAGCGUGGACAUGAUCAAGCUGUACUCGUACCAGUUUAUGCACGACGUUAACUACCCAGGACUGUUCUACGGAGUCUUCGCAAUCUCGUUCAUGCUGCUCAUAUUCCUGAAGUUCAACAGAGUGUUCACGACAGUCAUGGUAGUGUGGUUCAACUUCGGAGUACACCUGAUGUUCAUGUCAUUCAUAUACUUCCCAGCGAGAAACAGAAUAUUCUUCAUGAUCAUAUUCGGUCUGUGGAGCCACCUGUACGCAAUGAACCUGAUCUCGACAGUGUACCUGGCCUCGUAUAACCUGGGAGGACUGCACGGGUUGAUCAUGGGCACGACGAUGGCGUACUACCUGGGCUACUUCCUGCAGCACGCAGUGGAGCACCCGUCGGACUUCAGCAUCGCGUCUAGAAGGUCGACGUGCAACUGGUUCAUAGCAAUCAGGUUCAUCACGUCAGUGAUCUCGUUCAAGUUCUACAGAGACUACCUGGAGUUCUUCUUCUACUUCGAGUACAACGACGCAGUGAAGAGGACGUCGAUGACGGACAUGUUCAAGUGGGUGGACGGGAAGCCUGUGGAGAUCAUGAGCUCGGUGAGGAUCACGGAGCUCAUGCCGUCCUCGAUAGACUACGAGUGCCUGAAGCACCUGUUCAUGGACCACAAGGACACGAGCACAGUGUACCUGGUACUGAUCUACCUCUCGUACGUGACGUCGUCGUUCUUCUCGCCGCUCCUGUCGCCGACGCCGCUGGUCCUCUCGAUCUUCGUGAGGAACGACGUGUACUUCGUGGAGUUUUGGGGAGGCCUGCUGGGCAUAACGGCGGCAAUACUGCUGAGGCGGAACAUCGAAAACAUGGCGCUGGUCGUAUACGGGGUGCACGUGUUCAUCGCAAUCGCGUCAUCCUUCGGAUUCAACACGCGCCUGUUUAACACGUACAAGCACAAGAACGUGCUGUACGGACUCUCGUUCCUGUCCUCGUGCCUGGGCACGUUCGUGCUGGUAUACUCGUUCAUCAACUUCAUCUCGUUAAACUCAAUAGUCUCCUGCACAAACCAGAAGAAGAAACACACGACGAUCGAGGAGUGCGUAGUGUGCUGCAAGAAUGACACGGCGACGUGCCUGUGUUACAACAAAAACACGAACGAGACGUGCUCGCACACGAAGAAGGAGGACGCGCAGGAAAACAGGCUGGCGUGCGCGAACAUAUGGGUGCCCUGGAACAACCACUCGACGUACAGAGACUGGACGUACAGCGACUGCGAAUUCUGCCUGUCGCAAAACUACAGUAACACGAAGGCGAAGUGCAAGUGUAGUACGGAGAGCGACAAAGGAGGAAACGAGUUUCACUGUUGCACCUGCGCCUGCUCUAUAUGCAAAGAAAAGGACGUGUGCGGCUGCACCUGCAAAGGAGUAGAAGAUUGCGCGCAGACCUGUUGUUGCAAGAAGAAGAACAAGGGAGUGGUGAACUACCUUCUGAGGAACUGCAUAGUGUCAUGUUGCCCGUACUGUGACAUGUGCCUCAUGCUGGAGUGCGUGAAGGUAGACUGCGUGUGCCCGUGCAAGCACAAAAAGCACGAGCCGAGGAACGCAAUAGAAAAUGAGACCAAGGAGGAGCAAAUGUCGCUGACGAAGAUAAGGCUGAGGAUGGACAUUAAUCAGAAUAAGCACCUGUUCCUGUGCACGUACUCAGAUGCACCGGCAUCGGACCUGGAGUAUCUGAAGAAACAGUUCUGCUGCUGCGAAGAAGAAGAAAAAUGCAAGGGGCAGGAGUGCUGCAUCAAGUGCUGCAAGAGGUGUAAGAAGAAGGGCGACUCGUGCGGGAAGCACUUCAACAUCGCAGACUACAAAACGUCCUCGUGCUGCCACUACGACUUGAAGGUGUGGAUGAGCCUCAAGGAACUUAACACGAUGUUCCACAUAGGCCAGAGGCCGUUCAAGAACAAGUAUGAGCAGAUCAACUCACUGGUAUUCGCAAACGAGGCCUGCAGGCACUGCUGCACAGGCUCAGGCUGUUGUGCAAAUGCUGAGAAAGGAAAGUGUACAGACUGCAGGUCGGCGGACGUGGUGAAGUUGAUUGAGAAUUCGAGUCUAUCGCAAUCAGGAGGAGCAGUGAAGAUGAAGUGUGGUGCCAGAGGGUGCAAUAUUAGUGUUAGUAGUGUUAGUAGUGCUACUAGUGCUAGUAGUGCUACUAGAAGUGACAAUGUAGCUGGAUCUAGUACUAAUAGUGGGCCUAGUUCCACUACGAGUGGUGCCGUUGGGCCCAGUUCUGGUAGUGACAAUCCUAAGUCUGAACCUAGUAGCUGCAAGUGUUGCUGCUGCUGCGGUAAGGGAGGUGCUUCGGAAAGUGGUACGCAUAGCGGUAGGGGAGCUGGUGCCCCUAGUGGUACAGGUACCGGUGGUGCUACUGAAAAUGGUAUAAACAGUGCUAAAAGUGGUAAGGAAACUAAGGAUGGUAAGUGCAAGUGCUCAUGUUCGUCACGCACCACUGCAGAGUGCCAAUGUAAGGAAAACAGAUGUAGAGCGGUAAAGGUGUUGCCGACGAACCUGCCGUACCAGUUCAGAGGAGUGGACAUAAAGAGGAACGAGGUUAUCUCGCUGCUGGGAUUCACAGUGGUGCUCUUCUGCGUGGUAAAGCUGAUCAUGGCACUGGGGUUCUCGCUGAUAAACCAGAGAGACAGCCUUAAGCUGAGCUUCGUAGUGGGCGACUUCACGAGCAUCAACGGAAUGACAAUCAAGACGUUCCCAAUGGAAGACUACGAGUCAGACAAAAAAUGCGCACUGCAGAGAGUAGAAAACUACAACGGGCCCGACGAGUUCCUGAUCAACUACGCAAUAGACCUGGAGGUUAAGGACUUGGAGGACAGAACGAGGGGAAUCAAGGAGAUGAUGGACGAGCUGAACUCGCUGAAGUUCGACAGGUGGCUCGAGGAAAUCAUCAAGGCGCCCUUCGAAGUAAUGUCAGUGGGAUACACGAAGCUGCGCUUCUACAAGCACCUGAACAGGUACAUCGACCAGGCGCUGAUGAACCACGCAUUCAAGACGGCGGACAGGAUCUUUGUGUACUUCGACAAGUUCCCGGAAAGGUGGAACAUCGAGUGGAGCGACUUUGAAAGAAGGUUCCUGCAAAACCUGAAGGUCUACACGAGCUACUCGCUGAGCCUGAACAGCGUGGGCUACUUUGACACGAACACGGAGUUCCAGAAACUUAUCAACAACAGGCAGUCGCUGAUCCUGGAGCACCUGAACUCGAAAAACGAUAACCUGACGGGAUACCUGACGAAAAACAGAGACCUGCUCGAGAAGUACAGGAAGGCGAGUCCGCACAGGAAGCUGCCGAGGUACAUAGACCUCUGGGAGUACAGGACGAACCUGAUCAAGGGCUGGGCGGCAGACAAGACGCUCUUCCUCAACUGGACGCCAUUCGUGGUCUCGAUGGAAAGAAUACUGCUCUGGAACAAGCUCUACAGAGGGUUCUACAUGAGAGCGUUCAGAGAGAGGUACGGGGAGGCCGACAGCACGCCCCGCUAG